AACAUUUGAUGACCAUUUGAAAACAUCUAUAAUAGCAAUAUAAAUAUCUGUAUUUAAAUAGCUCAGUUUUAUAAAGUGCGUGUCUUUAAUGCUUGCCUAACUAAAAUGUCAGCGAUUGUUUUCUUGAUUGUUUCUCUUGCAACAAGUGCUGUUGCGGAAAAAUAUUUUCCAGACGAGUUUAAGUUUGGUGCUGCCACUGCAUCCUAUCAGAUAGAAGGUGGCUGGGAUGAAGAUGGAAAGGGACUAAGCAUGUGGGAUAAUUUUGCGCAUGAACCUGGGCACAUUGCAGACAAUUCUACAGGAGAUAUCGCAUGCGACUCCUACCACAAAUACCGGGAAGAUGUAGCUAUUUUGAAGGAUUUAGGAGUGGAUAUUUACAGAUUUUCGAUAGCAUGGCCACGAAUCAUGCCCAAUGGCACUCCAAACGAAAUUAAUCAGGCUGGAAUUGACUACUAUCUGAAUUUAAUCGCGGAGCUGCUCUUGCAUGAUAUAGAGCCAAUCGUUACUAUUUACCAUUGGGAUCUACCACAGCAUCUGGAAGACUUGGGAGGUUGGUUAAAUCCACAAAUUGCAGAUUAUUUCGGAGACUACGCCAGAGUUGUAUUUGAACAUUUUGGGCCUUAUGUUAAAUACUGGAUUACUCUUAACGAACCUUUGGCAAUCUGCUCUAUGGGAUAUGGAGGGGACUCACUUGCGCCAGGAAAAAGUUUAGUUGGCGAUGGAAUAUAUCAAUGCGCUUACAAUACGAUUAAGGCUCAUGCAAAGGCCUACCGAAUUUACGAACAGGAAUUUAAACCCGAACAAGGAGGAAAGGUUACUUCAAACAUUCAUUCUCCAACGUUCUACUCCAAGACCGACAGCACUGAAGAUAUAGAGGCGCGCGAGAGAGCGUUUGAAUUCACU